AAAAAUAGCGUAGAGGCUGCCGCUGAAAAAGUUUUGAAAUUCACUGCCGUUAGAAAAUUUUAUGCCCAAUUAGGGCACCACUUCCUAACACACUAUGAAAGAGUACUUUCUUACGGUGCUACUGCUGCUUUUUGGAACAGUUCUAUUUACUGAUGGACAAACUCCGUUCAAUGCAGCGUUUAGAAAACGAAUUGCAGCAAACAUAUCUUGCGGCUCUCCUUCUGAAAAAUAUUUCAGGAUUCAAGAUGCUACAGUACUUCCACAGGAAAGGAUUGAGUAUACCUGUGAUGCCAACGAUGGAAAUUAUUCUCACCCACCGGACUACAUGGUUGAUGGAUCAAUGGGGACUUUUUGGCAAUCGACGGCGAGAACGUCUUCUGAAAAAGACAAGGCUUACAUAGAAAUCGACCUUCAACAGAUGUUUUUCGCUUACCAAAUAAAAUUUACAUUUGGUGACCAUCAACGUCCAGGUGCUAUCGCAAUUUCCAGGUCGAAUGACUUCGGUGCCACCUUCCAUCCCUAUCACUACCUUGUAUCGCAUCCUGAAACAAUAGAGUGCAAGUCAGUUUUUAACAUGGAUCAUUACUCGAAAGGCACCCCUAUUGAUAGAGUUGAUCGUGUGCUGUGCCAGCAUUAUGAUCUAUACGAUGCACUGGAAUAUAAUGAAACGGUAACCGUUGAAUUGAAUGGUCGUCUACGAGGAGAUGGCACACCCAAUUCACAUUCACCAGAACUUUUGGCUUGGCUCAAUAUUACCAAUCUCCGUUUUACGUUUUCUAAAAUGCACCUGGUACUGGACAAAUGGUCUUACAAAUUUCAUCAUUAUGCGGUGCGUGAGAUCGAGGUCCUUGCUCGUUGUAACUGUAACGGACACGCUAAUGGUAACAUUUGCCCUCAAGAUGAGAUAACUAAGAAGAGGGCGUGCCAGUGUCAAGGAAACACAUGCGGUGAUAACUGUGAAAUGUGUUGUCCGCUGUACAAUCAGAAACCUUGGACAAAGGGCGGCAAAGCGCCAUGGGAAGUUGACCCUGGAGUUUCUUGUGAACCUUGCAAUUGUCACAAUCACUCUGAUGCAUGCGUCUACAACCAGACUGUGAAUGACUUAGGUAUGAGUCUUGACAUCCAUGGUAACAAAAGCGGAGGCGGCGUUUGUCUAGAUUGUAAGAAUCAUACGCGUGGAAUAAACUGCGAGGAAUGCGAGGAGUUCUAUUAUAGACCAAGGGGAAGGAACAAAGCAAGAGAAGACGUAUGUCAAGCAUGCUCAUGUGAUGUGCGGGGCACCAAGAAUACUAGUCGUCUUACUUUUUUGGAUUGUGUAUCUGAUGAAAAGGAACUAAGCAGCCAUCCCGGCAAGGAACCCGGGGAUUGCUACUGUAAAGAAAAUGUAUAUGGACGACAGUGUGACAAAUGUAAAGCAGAGUAUUUCAACCUAACUCGCCAUACCCCAGAGGGCUGUUCAGAAUGUAGAUGUUACUUGCCAGGAACGGUUAAUGGCUCUAAUAUUUGUAACGCGGGCGAAACAGGACAGUGUCCUUGUAAAAACCAGGUAGAACUGCGUGACUGUAGUCAGUGCAAACACGGAUACUACAAUCUAAGAAACGAAAGCACUGAUGGAUGCACAUCAUGUGGAUGUGAUGAAGGUGGUACCUAUCCUGCCAAUACAUGUGACAAAGUAUCAGGACAGUGCCAGUGUCGUGCAAAUGUUAUUGGCAAAAAUUGCACACAGGUCCCUGAUGGCUAUUACUACCCAGAUUUUCACUUUAUCAUGGCGAGACGGGAUCCCUACAAACCGGCAUCUAACAAUCUGUACUCUUGGCUGUACAUCCCAAAAACGACAACUUACAGGCUCUUUUUAAAAGAUACCGAGGGAAAAUUGGUGCCUAGCUCCAACGAGACCUUACUGGCAACCAGUUUUAAUAUAACAGCCCUGGAGUUAAAGCGUUGUAUACACAUCGGUGUAAAGUACUGCCUCUUGCCCCAAGGCAACUAUUCUGUCAAUAUUACAGUUGUCGGCUCAAAAAAACUAGAAAGCAUAGUCGCUAUACCAGAGGAGUUUCUGGUUGACAGUGUUCUCGAAGGACCCAGAUUAAUUCUGUUCAAAUUCUAUUGCCAAAUAGAAACUAAUAAUAUGAGUCUUGGUGAGAAGGGCGAAGGAAUUUGCUUGGCUGGAGCAUUCAGCUUAACCGUAGCAUUUAACAACGGAUCUUUGCCUUGUUCAUGCGACCCUAUUGGAUCUGUUAAUCAUACAUGUCAGAAGUACAAUGGAUCUUGUACCUGUAAACCUGGUGUUGAAGGCAGAGAUUGUAGUCGAUGUAAACCUGGUUAUUACAAUUUGACUGAAGAUGGAUGUAAACCGUGUUCGUGCAAGGGACCUAACAAAGUAUGCCAUCCCGUAACUGGUAUGUGUGAGUGUCCUGGUAAUACCACUGGUCGCACAUGUGAGCCAUGUCAGUGCAAUAACAACACGAACCAAUGCCUAAGGAGUGGCGAGUGUCUGGGUUGUCAGUAUAAUACAACUGGCUUUUACUGCGAUAAGUGCGUCAAUCAAACAUAUGGUGAUGCAUCGAAACAGCAAUGCAGAGCUUGUGAUUGUGACAGUGUGGGUUCAUACGGACCCACCUGUAACACUCAGACUGGACAGUGUGCUUGCAAGCCCCACGUAAAAGGAAGAACCUGCAACCAGUGCAAGAACAAUACGUAUGGGUUUGGACCAAAUGGUUGUACUCCCUGCAGUUGUAGCGAGUUUGGGUCCUUGAGUCUUCAGUGCAACAGCAGUGGCCAAUGUACUUGUAAACCUGAAGCUAUUGGCAUCAAGUGCUCGCAAUGCAGAGUGGGAUAUUAUGGGCAACCAGCCCAAGCUUGUACAGCUUGUUCCUGUAAUACGAAUGGUACAGUAAAUGGCAGUGUGUGUUCCAACGAUACAUAUGGUCAGUGCCAAUGUAAACCUGGAGUUGCUGGGCGAGCAUGUGAUCAAUGUAAAGAGUAUCACACCAAUUUUUCAGAUCAGGGAUGCUCCUCUUGUCCCGUGUGUGUCAUGAAGUUAAAAAAUACGAUAGAAACCACGGGGUCUGAGCUCAAUACCACUGAAGAGAUGGCCAAGAACUUAAUUGAGUUAGCAAAACUGCACGAGCCUCUACAAAACGCUGAGCAGAAAGCUGAUCAAAUGGCUGUCAAGGCAUCUGCGUUUUCUGCUCGGCUUGCUGGAGCAGAAACCGUACACCAAGGACUUAAUAGUACGGAACUACCUGUGGCAGAGUCUGGUUAUGAAGAGCAAAUAAAAAAGGCUGCUGAACUGAACACUCGAGCUCCCGCUACAGCACAAAAUGUGUCACGACAUCUCGAGAGAUUAACGGAAGUGUAUAACCGUACGGCGGAAGCAGAUCUCUUUGUUAGCAGUGUAGAUGGACUUCUGCAAGAUAUUGUUAAUAGUUUUGCAUUGAAUCUGAAAAAUGGCGACUUAUUUUUAAAUACAUCAAAAGAACUUGUGUCCGAAUCUUUGGUACGUGACUACAGCAAUCACGAAAUGCUGGUUGCUCAAUCAAUACAGGAUGCUGAGAAUUUGACUGCCUUUGUUACUGGACUAGCAAAAAAGCUGUUGAAUCAAACAUCUCUGGCACGUGAUCUGAAUGCGCAAGUUCAAAGAAGCAAUCACAACCUUUCUGAACUACUGAUGAAAUGGAACAACACUCAGGCUGAGUUUAUGGGAUUCCUCACUGGUAUAGCUGCACAGUUUGGUGGUGUUCAUGACCUUAUCAAUCAAACCAAAGGACUUUUAAGUCUUGAAUCACAGAGACUGAACGAAACUCAAGAACUUGGUUCUCAAUCUCAAGACACUCUCAACAAAACUAAAACCCUAUUGCAGGAAGCGACUUCUGCGUUUGAGCAAUACAAGGCUAUGAUCACAGCGGUCAGCGGUGAAAUACAAGUAUCCAUGCUCAAGUAUGAUGAUGAAGAACAUCGGUUUGCGGUAAAGGUCCUGAAGGGACGUAAUUUGUCAGCAAGGGAUCAACCCAAUGGAAAAGCAAACCCCUACGUCUUGGUGUCUUUGAUCCCUGAUAACUUUGGAGUACAAAGAUCGAUGACUAUAAAUGAUACUUUGGACCCAGUCUGGUCUGAAACAUUGAUAUACCACUUCGACAUCCAACGCGAACAGCUCCUCAAAUCCAAACUCAAACUGAGAGUGUUUGAUUAUGACCCAGAAGACGACGAUGAUUUCAUGGGAGAGGCAACUGUUGACUUGUCAAUACUUGGAGACCAAACAUACACCAAGUGGUAUCCCCUGCAAUCAGAGGAUGUCUCACAAAUUGAAAGUGGUAAUUUCAAAUCAACGAGUGGCUUGGCAGAUGCUUCUAAUCUACUACUAUCACAAUGUGAAAAAGUGAGCGCAGUACUUGGCUCUGUUGAAGGAAAAUUAACCCAGGCACAUCAGCAUGCUCAACAACUAAAAAGCCUUGCAGAACAGCUAGAGCUGGAGUUCAAUAAAAGUAGAAGUCAUGGAGCUGCAGCGGUACAUGCUAUCCAGCGGUAUUCUGAAAUACAACUAAUCAUCAACAGCUCAUUUGAUGCACUUUCACGUGCUCAAGCUACUGUCAUUCGUAUUGCAUCAGAGCUUAAUAGAGUUUCAGUACCAGAACUAUUGGCCAAGGCUAACGGUGAACUACAUAAUAUGACAGUAUAUUACAAUGCUACACUACAGCGUAAUCUUACAUCAACUGAAAAAGCCUUAAUUGAAGAUGCCAUAUCAGCUGCUAAUUCAACAAUACGGCUCGCUGUUCAGCAAUGGUACGAAGCCUACAACUACUACCCAGCUUUGGUUCAGGCUGAAGCCAAGCUAAGCUUAGCAACAUCACUUUAUGCUCCAAGUGCCAUUGAAACCGUGAGUCAUGCACAAGAAAGAACGAAUUACUUCAGUGAAUCAUUAACCAGCCUGAGCAAACAAGUGGCUGAUCUUGAACUCCAGUUGUCCGACGUGUUCAAUAAGACUGAAUUCGUGAAACGAUCAUCUGAACGGGACUCGAAAGUCAUCCAAGCKKCUUAUUUGAAUCUAAACACUACCUCCUUGAAACUAAAGAACGCCUCAUCCAACGUCCUGGAGGCUCUUAAGCAGCAACAACUAUUAUCAACACAACAACAAGAAAGCGAUAAUAAACUAAAUGUAUUAGAGGAAAAACUAAGGGCUCUUAACAAAAGAAUGACUGAAGUUGAACUGGCGUUGAAUCUAAAUGGGGAAGGAGCUAAUGAGUACGCUUUAUCAAGUCGAACUAUUGAGUCACCAACAAGGAACGAGCUAUCGAUUACUUUCAAAACGAAUUCCAGUGAGGGAUUAUUGGUGAACAUGUUGGGGGAAAAUGUGAACUCACAGCAAACAGGAUUGGCUGUAUAUAUAUCAGAUGGUAAGGUGAAUGUCCAGUACAAUACUGGACAAGGACCUAUUACCCUCACUAAUCCUUUGUUGGUCAAUAACGGACAGUGGGUCGAUGUCUACUUUACAAGAAUGGGCGCGUCCUCAGCUUUAUCAGUCACAUCUUCCCAGCAGUCUAUAACGGUUACCCACGAUGCUAGUAGUGGAAAUGAGAAUGCUACUAUAUCUUUCACCAACGCCACAGUUGUUUUGUUGGGAGGACCAUCAGUCGUACCGAGGACUAGGUCAGCUCGGGCAGUUGAGCUCACUUCACUACCGUACUUCAAAGGAACCAUUUCAUUGUGUUCUAUGGAUCAAGUCACCUAUGAUCUGUGGAAGCCUCAAAGAUCUAGCAGUACUGCUUUGUAUGGCCUGCCGCGCUUCCCCAAUUUUUAUUACCCCAAAUAUGGACAAGCAGCCAGCUUCUUCCAUAAUGGAUUUGUCCAACAAAGCACUGGCGAGUUUACUACAGAUUCCGGGUACGCUCAUGUGGAAUUAGAGUUUAGGACGUCCAAGAGUAAUGGAACUUUGUUUGCUGUGACUAGCGAAGUAGAACGUACGAUUGCAAUGGCUAUUUUCAUUCAAGACGGAAGUGUAGUUGUGAUGGUGUUCUUUGAAGGUGGUGCUGUGUCAGUGAUAACCAAAGGUUCCAAAUACAACGAUAGCAAGUGGUACCACGUGUCAGCAGUUGUCAACAGCAAUUCAGUGUCUCUAACAGUAUCGCAUAAUGGUACGACCUUGGAUAACAGCAGUAUGAGCACAGCUGCUUCUAAACUACCCUCAGGGAACUUCAUAUUCUUUGGUAGCCUUCCACCAAACAGUAAAGUGUCUCUUCCCGUAAACGAGUCAUUCGUCGGUGACAUGAAGGAUGUCAGACUCAAUCGCAAUGGCACAAGUACACUAGUACGACGUCUAUUUACCUCUUCCAAAGGAGUUGCUACUGAUGGUGUCCUGAAAGGAGAGGUUCUGUCAGGAGCUGCCCGUUUCUAUGGCUACAGAGCUGCGACCAGAUCCUGUUGUUACGUUGCCCUGUCUACCCAACGACCUGAGACCGACAGUCUCAGCUUCACCUUUAAGACUUCACAAUCAAGCGGAGUUCUCUUGUUUAGCUCUUUAAAAGUUGGAGGAAGGUCUAUUUACCUGUACAUCGCUCUAUUUCACGGCAAACUUAUGCUCCUAACACACGAUAAUACCAGCUCCAUCCAAUCAAAACCGACUGUGAUCAAUAACAUGAGGUUUGAUGAUAAUAGGUGGAGAACUCUACACUUGAACAGCUCUGAGGCAGGGUAUUCUCUCAUCGUGGAUGGAUCACUCGUCACGACAAGCUGGUUCGGCACAAGUCGACUACAUCCACUCAGGCUCAGCAACCCAUUGUACAUUGGCGGUGUUGCAAAUGACGUUGAAAUCAAUCUACACGUACCUGUCACGUGGUGUUUCAAAGGAGCUAUGAAAGACUUCAAAAUAAACUCGAAUGAAAUAGACCUUUUGGUUCAAGAAUCAAUAGGUGUGUCUGGAGGAUUUGUCACACCACCUAAACCACCUCCUCCACCCACACCUGCUCCUCCAACAUGUGCAGCCAGUGCUGGCCCCCUCACUUUGUCAGCUGACCCAAAAGAAGUUGGAUUUACAGCAGGAUUCAGUUCAAACCCAAACCAGCAAAGCUACAUAGGAUUUACUGUGGAUAAUAACUUCUCUGGCAUAAGCUCCUUAUUUACCUUAGAGAUGCGUCCAUUAACCUCCAAUGGUUUAGUGCUGUACAUAGCUGAUAACCUAACACACCCAGAACAGUUUAUUUCCAUGGAGCUAAUAGAUGGGUACAUUAAGUAUCAGGUGAACUUUAACCCAGGCCACAUUCAAAUGAAAUCGUCCAUCAAUUAUGUCCAGAGGAAUCAAUGGUUCAAGGUCCAUCUUCUUCGUAUUAUCGAUUUCGGAGCUUUUCUUGUUCCCGAAAGCAAGGAAUACCAAAAGGACAAGUAUAAUGGUGAUAUCAAGAGGGAUCUCAACCUAAGUGGUCCUCUUUACAUUGGUGGAGUACCGCCUCAUGUCACAUUACAUCCUUUAGUGAGCAAAAGAGUUGGGUUCAGUGGCUGCAUGAAAACCUUGACUUAUGGAUCUGAUAAGCUCGAUAGUGAGCUUGCAUUUGAUUUGCGGAAUCCCACUGCUAGCUCUAAAACUUCUUCGUGCUUCAACAACGUACGACCUGGAAUGGGGUUCAAUGGUUCAUCAUGGGCCAACUUUGGURAAAGACUUGCAAGUCCAAGUAGCUUUAGUCUGCAGCUAGAAUUCCGAACAUCAUCCCGUGAUGGAGUUCUUGUUUACCUUGUGAACGAUACCGCUGGACAGCAGGCUUAUCUUAAGCUAGAACAAAAGAGUGGUCAGCUGGUUCUGUCUCAUCGCAAUGCCUCAGGAGCAGUUCAUCAAGUAACUUGGUCAGCUUCGUCUUCCUAUUUGCUUUGUAACAUGAGUUGGCACAAACUGGCACUGAAUGGCAUUGGUGAUGCUUUGAACUUGACGGUUGAUGAAGAGCCUGCAGUAUCUCUUGGGUUGUCAGCAGAUACUACACUCAGCGGCAAACUGUAUGUUGGAGGAGUUCCAGGAAGUUUAUCUUCACCCUCAUCUCCUUCAAUGAAAGGAUUUUUAGGCUGCCUAAAAAAUCUGAGAUUUGGCAAUAGCGUCCUAGAUCUUGGUCGAGCUGUUGAUGCUAAGCAUGCUACUAGUGGUUGUCCAUCAUCCGAAGCCCAACCUGCAGAUAUUUUUGCUUAAUAAUGCAUUGCUUAGAAACUAAGCCUUCUCUUUUGGUCCUUCGAGACACAUUUUUUGAUUACUUUGAAUUGUUAAUAAUUAUUAAUGUUAAACAUUCAGAAACGUCUUAUGUAAAUUAGAGAUUUUACAUAAGUAAGAAUUCCUUCGAGGCGGUCACGGAAACCCUGUGACCACCUCCUGCAUCCGCUAACGUAAAAUGUAGUACUGAGAAUGGCAGCAAAUAACUACUGUAUUUGUGGUAGUGGUUAUAGGUGGGUGUAUAUGGUUAUAUACCUUUAUUUUGAUUUCGUUAUUUAUAUUAUGUUUUUAGCCACGGUUUUGUUAACUUGAGUAGAUCUUGAAACCUCUAUUUAUUAGCGUGAAAAUUCAUUAAAAGGAAAAACAUUCGUGUAUA